AUGUGGGUACUUCUUGAAGGGAAAGCGAGUGCCAUAGAAGUUGACAUUGAUCAGACAAAUUAUAUUACUCGUAGUUUCAACUUAAACCGCCUUAUUCCUAAUCUUCGUGAAAUAUUCGAAGAUCUUAAGAAUGUUAAGCCUGAAGAUACCGAAUUUUUUACCUUUAAUGACCGCGUAAAUCCACUUCGACUAGGAACCAACCUUAAUCCCCUAUCUGGGGAUACAUCUGACACUGAACCACUUGUAGUCCGGUAUCCGCUCUCGACUUCAACCGUCAUUGUUCGUUGCAAUUUUUCAACAUCGUGGUUUAAGUCUAGUUUCUCACAUACUAGUGGGCUCUGGUAUCUUGUCCGUAAUGUUGCAGAAUCGAAAUUCCAAACACUACGAUUAGAUAAAGUUCAAUAUAGUUUUAUAUAUAAUGAGAUUAAUGGCAAGCUACAAAUAGAAAACGAAUUUCAAUUUAACAAAAUGAUAUCAAACAUCGAGCCAAACUGUAAGGAUGAACGUGAAGUCAGCAUUUCAAUCCAAGUAACAGGAAGGAAGGCAUACGGAGAUUGGGAAAUCGGCGAGGCCUUAAAUGAGUUCUUGCAUCAAAAGGGUUCAACUAUGUUCGAUAUUCGAUCUUUUAAUAUUGAUGAUCUUCCGAGACCUAACCCUCCAAUCUCUGAAGAGACUAUUGUUCAACUUAUUGCUGAACUUAAAAAAAAGAAAAGUGCAUUCGGUAUUGUCAAUCGUAAUGAAUCAACUUGUCGGGAAUUUAUCUCGCCUUUUAUGUCCACAGCAGUUACCCAUGUCCAAGAAGAAGAAAAAGGGUUAUCACUCAAAGCCGAAGAAUGGAUCAAUGGGACAAAAGCUUAUGGGCCUAUUGAAUACUCGAUUUCUAUUGAAGAGGUGCUUGUUUUAGUUCAAGAAGUGAAGAAAGAUGACUUCGAAAAAGGAACUGCACAAAAUAUCGCACAGAUUCAUAGCGCCGUCGAGUCACGAAAACGAAAAAUUAAGAUGGACCCGGGAGAUGAAGAAGUUCCUAUUGUAAUGUAUGGAAUCGUUACAAAUGCAUUACAAUGGUAUUUUCUUCGUUGGGCAGGUUCUUCAGAUGAUCCAACAGUUGAAUUGUCCGGACCGCAUAUUUGUGAAUUCGAUAGUAAUAAUAUGCAACAAGUAAAAAUAAUUCUCAGCUAUAUUGCCUACAUUCUCCAGUAUCAAGUCCGGGGACAUAACGAUGACUCUAAACGUACCCGUAUUAAGAGGCGUCGUACUAGCUAG